AAAUCCAAACGGCAGCGGCUUGCGUUCGCAUCUUGCGCAGAGCUCGGAAGACUCCAAAAAAGUUAAAGAAUUUAUAUUUUCGAAUUAAAGUAGCAAUCGUUGAAAUAUAUACAUACAUGUUAGAUUAAAAUUGUGCAAUCGAAAACAGGCUACAAAACAAAUAAUAUCAAAAAUUUCAACAAUAUAUUUUUGCGUUCAAUAAAAGAAACGAAAUCAACGCGCUCAAGUACAAAAGAACCCCUAAAUUAAAGCAUUUUCGUCAAUAAAUAAGUAAAAAGAAAAAAACAGCAACAAAAUGAUGAGCACAGCGCCUAAAAUGAUCAUGGACGAGAAUGCAACGGAGAAAUACAAUCAAGUCCAAGUGAAGAAAUUGACAGUGCCUUCAAACGAGGCAAACACAAAGCGCGCCGCAUUCGGCGAUCUGCAAAAUCGUGGACUAAAUCGUGGACUCAUAUCCAAGGAAGCGGCACAAAAAGAAUUGAAAGAUGUAAAAUUGACCAAGGCGCGUGUGGAUACCCACUGGAAGAAGCAGCCGUUGGGCCUGAGCAAUGCCAAUGCUAAUACUAAUGCCAAUGGCAACGCCCAAGCAGCUGCUGUCACUAAGACAGCAGCCGGCCCACUCCUGCGCUCCAACUCGAUGCGCACGAAUUUGGGUCAGAUUGGACGCCAAAUCUCUGGCCGUACGGCAGUAACGACAACAGCCACUGCAAAAGUGGCCGCCGACCCGAGCAACAAGCUUGCCAAACAAAAGUCCAUUUCCGACGAGAAGGUGAACACGCUGCGGCGCGAGGAUAGCAAUUUGUCACGAAAGUCCCUGACCAAGCUGCGGGCUGCAUUGGCCAAUCCAACGGCAGCAGCAGCUCCAACAGUAGCAGCAGCAGCAGUUAAGAAGGAGCCACUGGUGCCCCGUGCUCAGCCACGCACUGCGGCCAAUGCGCUGGUCCUGAAGAAGGAAGCGGCUGCUGCUGCUGUCGCUCCACAGCCCAAGAAGGAGAUUGCAAUCCUAUCGAAACUGCCAUCCAAGCUGCGAGCCGUUCCAGCCGCUGUCCCAAGCCAGACGUCAUCGAUGUCUUUGUCCACCAAACGCUUGGAGGUGGAGGACAUUGAUGCCGAUGAUGGCGAGAAUUUGGUUUUGGUCUCGGAAUAUGUCAACGAUAUCUAUGAUUAUCUCUACAAGCUGGAGGAGGAGCAGCCCAUCUACCCGGAUCAUUUGGCCAAUCAACUGGAAGUUUCUUAUAAAAUGCGCGCUGUGCUCAUCGACUGGAUAAACGAGGUGCAUUUGCAGUUCCAUCUGGCGGCGGAAACUUUCCACUUGGCCGUGGCCAUCAUCGAUCGCUAUCUGCAGGUGGUCAAGGAUACCAGGCGCAAAUAUUUGCAGCUGGUGGGCGUUACGGCCCUGUUUAUAGCCACCAAAUACGAGGAGCUCUUCCCCCCAGCAAUCGGGGACUUUGUGUUCAUUACGGACGAUUCGUAUACGGGUCAGGAGAUCAGGCAAAUGGAGAUGCAAAUACUGAAGGCCAUCGAUAACAAUCUGUCGCGUCCGUUGCCCAUACACUUCUUGCGGCGCUUCUCGAAAGCGGCCAGCGCCGAGGAUGAACAUCAUGCCAUGUCCAAAUACCUUUUGGAGUUAGCUAGCAUGGAUUACGAGCUGGCCAGCUAUAAGCCCUCUGAGAUUGCUGCAGCUUCGCUCUUCCUCUCGCUGCACUUGCUCAAUGGCAAUUCGCGUGCGGCCACCGGCUUUAGCGACAGACACUGGACGCCCACAUUGGUGCACUAUUCCCGUUAUACGGCUGCCUAUUUGCGUCCGAUUGCACGACAGAUUGCGAAAUUGGCUCGGGAUGCACCCACGGCCAAGUUGAGGGCCAUCUACACCAAGUACCAGGCGAACAAGUUCCAGAAGAUCGCCCUGCGUCCGGAGCUGAGCAGCGCGUUGUUGGACUCGAUUGUGGGCAAGAAAUAGUUGAAAUUAGCCAGAAAUACACACACACACCCACUCACAGAGGGAGAGUGAGAGAGAAAUAAUAGCUCACCCCACACACAC